ACCAACCUGCCAGCUCCGGGGGAACGCGAGGCGGUGUGCCAGCAGGUCUUGAAAUCGCCAGGGAACUUCUCAGGCCGGGCGAGGAGGGGAGGCUUGGUGGACAGAAGGGCGAGCCGCGUGCCGGGUCUGGCACCGGCGACAAAUGGCUUCACCUAGAGGCCCAGGCGGCCCUGUGGCCUCUUCCUCAAAGUGAAAGUGAAAGAGGCGAAAGAACAGAAAAGCGUGUACAGGCGGUAGUCCAACAAAGGGCCUUUGGGGAGCCCCCUACCCCAGGGGACAGUGGAAGCGGAGAAGGGCAGAGUGGAGGGGCCUGCGAGCUGCCCCCAUGGGCGCGGAGGCCAGGUGGUGCCUGCUGCUCUGCCUGGUUCUGCUGGGGGCUGCUGACCUUGCAGAGAGGCAGUGGCGGGCAGUGGAUGUGGUCUUAGAUUGCUUCUUGGUGAAGGAUGGUGGGCACCAUAGUGCUUUUGCCAGCAAUGGGAACAUGGUGAAGGCCUUGCUUGUGCUGAGGCAGGUGCCAGUGCUGGAUGAUGGCUCCCUAGAAGGCUUUGCCGACUUCCAACUGGACACACUGUCCAAGGAUGACCCACCUGUUACUUUUGAGGCCUCAGCAAAGCUGAUACAGAUUCCCCAGGCCGAGGCCUUGCUCCAUGCUGACUGCAGUGAGGAGAAGGUGACCUGUGAGUUAUCCCACUAUGAUCUCCAAACCAAACAAGACGCCACUGCUGAGAGAGCAACCUGGUUCAUCACCAACGUGCAGGUGUCUGGCGGGGGACCUGGCGUCUCCAUGGUCCUGAAGACACUCGGGGAUGCUGAGAAUGGGGCUAUCUUGCACCCCACCCUAAACCUGCCCCUGAGCCCCCAAGGGACUGUGCAGACUUCAGUGGAGUUCCAGGUGACAACACAGACGCCGUCCCUGAAGGGCCUGCUGGGGUCCUCGACCUCCUUGCACUGCGGCUUCUCCAUGGCACCAGGCUUGGACCUCCUCAGCGUGGAGUGGCGGUGGCAGCACAAAGGCAGUGGCCAGGGGGUGUACCGCUGGGCCAUGGGACAGGGGCAGGCCAGGCGGGAAGGCGCUACCCUGGACGCUGAGCAGCUACUCGUGGCCGGGGAUGCUUCCCUCACCCUACCCAGCCUCACUGUGAAGGACGAGGGCUCCUACAUCUGCCUGGUCACCACCUCUAUGUACCAAGCUCAACAGAUCAUCCAGCUCAAUGUCCAAGCUUCUCCCAAAGUACGACUGAGCCAGGCAAGCAAUGCUCUGCCACCCACCCUCAUCUGCCAAGUCGUUGGCUAUUACCCCCUGGACAUGGCUGUGACAUGGACAAGAAAGGAGCAGGGUGGAGCCCCGGUCCAAGUCCCCAAGGCCUCCUUGUCCAGCCUCCGGCAGAGCCCCGCAGGCACCUAUAGCAUCUCCUCCUCCCUGACAGCAGAACCUGGCUCUUCAGGUGCCAGUUACACCUGCCAGGUCACCCACAUCUCCCUGGAGGAGCCCCUCAAGGCCAGCAUCUGGGUUGCCCCGCCAGAGCGGAGAGUGACUUUCAGUGCUUUUGGUGUCCUCAUUGCGAGCGCCCUCUUCGUUCUUACCCUGUGGUUCCUGGGGCUACACAGACGAUAAGCUACCUCCCCAGGGUCUGCCAAGGCUCUAUAGGACUCAGGGAAGCUGCUCUCCUGCCUCAGAGUGAAGAGAAAGAGUGGUCAAGUUCUCCCAGAAGGACUCUAAACCAGCACUCAGAAAGGCCCCCAGAAAAACAAGGAGCUUGGGCCUGCUUUCCUUCACUGUGCACCUUCACCGCCAAGGGAGCCGCGAGGAGGUGACAAGGCCACUGGAGAGCUGCAUGGCUGGGGGAGGUUAACACAGACCUGAGGGGCAGCGGCAGGAAAAGAAAUUAAGGGAGGCAUGCUUGAGGGCCGUGGGAAAGGGAUGGGCCACGGGCCACCUGCACAAACCUUGAACUCCAUCCAAAUAAAAACCCUGGUCCUCGAGGCAAAGCUGUUCCACUUUC